AUGGGACAAAGGCUGGCACCUGCUCUUGCCAUUGGUUUCAUGGCCAAGAUCGAAAAGCCUAUAACAGACCUCAAACCACUGCUGUAUUAUCGGUACAUAGAUGAUUGUUCCGUCGUCUGCUCAAAACAAGUAGAACUAGACACAUGCUUCAAUCUUCCCAAUCAACAGUGUCCGCACAUUAAGUUCACAAGGGAGCGACCGAUAGACAACUGGUUGGCUUUCUUGGAUGUGAACAUUUACUUGCGGAAUGAGAUAUGUAAAACUAAGUGGUACCGGAAACCCAGUAGCAAAAACAUCUUAAUCCACUAUCUUUCAGCGCAUCCCAGCAAAACGAAAAAAUCUGUUAUUGGUAACAGGACGGCGGUAAGAGUCUCAUCGAGUAGGCAAGAAAAAACACGGCCUGUAAAUCUGGCCCAUAAAGUGGGAAUAUCCAAUGGGUACCCAACUGGAGAUGGUGCUGGCCGACAUGCACGACAUCCAACGUAG